AUGGCAAAGUCGAAGCUGAUGAUGCUUUUUGUUUCAUUUUGUUUGUUAUCUGUGUUUAGUGCAUUUGAGGUAGUUUCUCCUGCGGCCAUUUUUAUAUUUGGAGACUCAACUGUGGAUGUUGGCACCAAUACCUUGCUGCUCCAAAGUGGAGCAAGGGCUGAUUUCUCUCCAAAUGGGGUUGAUUUUCCUUAUUCUGUGCCUACUGGGAGGUUCAGCAAUGGCCUUAACAGCGCUGAUCAAAUCGUGAAACUAUUUGGAUGCCAUUGCCAGAAAAGUCCACCACCUUUCCUGUAUGCUGCGAGUCAUAUGUCCACUUUUAAAAGGGAUAUACUGCAGGGUGUCAACUUUGCUUCAGCAGGAAGCGGCAUCUUCCAAGACACGGGAAUAAAAAGAUGGACAGAAGUUGUGUCACUGGGAAAUCAGAUCCAACAAUUUGCAGCGGUGCGUGGAAAUUUCACAGAGAUGGUUGGUUUCAAAACAACCGAUACCGUGCUUUCCAAGUCUUUGUUCAUCAUCAGUAUCGGAAGCAACAAUCUUUUCGAAUUAGUUGAGUACUUUCCAAAUGCCACGGACUUGUAUAAGGCGAAACUCAUGGAACGUCUUCAGCUAAUGUACAAGAAUCAUUUGAAGAAUUUAUACAAGCUGGGAGCUCGGAAAUUCAGGAUUAUAAGUGUUCCUCCAAUUGGAUGUUAUCCAUAUGCGCGUGUUCAACCAAAUGUCGACCCUAUAGUGUUUGUGACUUUGUGUGAAGGAACUAAUUAA